GCCGGCGUCCAUUUUAUCUUGUUGUUAGUGUUAGGUGCGUGUAAUAAUUAUUUUUAAAAUUUUAAUUAUCACUUAGUACUGUCACUAAGUAUCAUUUUAUUAAAUAAACAAAUAAAUCGUAAGCUAUAUCUACAUUCAUUAUUAUUAUCAAUUAUUAUUGAGUAAUGGAAAGCGGACCUCCUGCACGUGGUGGAUUUAGAGGACGUGGUGGACCAAUGCGUGGUCGUGGUGGUUUUGGAGAUCGUGGACGAGGUGGCCCACCGCGAGGUGGAAUGAUGCGCGGACGUGGUGGUGCCCCAGGUCCGAUGCGAGGUGGACCCCCGGGUAUGCGAGGCCGUGGGGGACCUCCAGGACGAGGUGGACGUGGUGGUCACUAUCCUCCAGGCGGGCCACCGGACGCAAGUAUAGCAGGCGGACCAGGUGGAGCUCCGCCACCCCCUCCGGGAGUCGGCGGGCCAACACGAGGAAGCGGUCGUGGAGCACCUGGUGGAUUCCGUGGUCGAGGUCGAGGUGAUUUUGGCCGUGGCGACAGUCGUGGUGGAGGUUUCCGUGGCCGUGGUGGAGAUCGUCGUGGUCGUGGCUCAGGAAUGUUCAAUCGUGACGGACCACCAAGAGGCCGUGGAUCAAAUGGCGCCGGUUUCAGUGAUCGUGGACGUGGAAUGGACCGUGGUCGUGGUGCUCCAGUUAAACGAGGCGGAGUUCCAGGUGCUGGUGGACCACCAAAACGACCACGUUAUGAUGUCGCAGCUGCACAGCCAGCCAAUGGCUACGCUUCCCAACCCCCAAGUCAAGGGUACGGGCCAGGUAAUGGGUAUGGACAACCCGCACCAGCACCCGUUGGUAGUUACGGAGCUACUACUGGUACCUAUGGACCUCCUCAGAGUGGUUACCAACAAUCUUACCAAGGCUAUGAGAGCUACCAAGCGCCCGCAGACUACACACAAUCCACGACGUUCUAUCAACAGGGAUAUCCAGCACAAGUACCACCAGACAAUAGAUAUGGUGGUAUACCCCAAGCACCUGCAGCAAGUUUUAAUUCUGGAGACCCAUAUGGUUAUGGAAAAGUUCCACCUCAAGUUAAUUACCAACAGGAGGCAGUUGCUCCUGCUGUGGGUGGUGGUGAUGGUGGUGAUGGUGUUGGAAAUUAUCCUCCUGCUAAUCCUUACGACGAUCAAUCCUGUAAUAACAGCGGCAUGACGGUCAGGGGUGAUUAUUCAACACACGAGUAUGACUAUACAAGUCAAGACGGUGGCUAUGGGAAACAAGAUUAUGGUGAGUACCAAUCUGUUGACAGGCAUUUCUAUUAAAUAAAAAAAAAACAAAUGACGAAAAAAAUAACAAGUUAAUAAUUAAGAUAAAUAAAAUUAAGAAGAACAAUAAAAAAUAAAUUAUGGAAAUAAAUGAAAAAAAAUAUUUGAAAUUUUAUUAAGGACACUAGUAACAAUGCUAUGGUAAAUUUAAAUAAAUACAUGUGUAAUUUUAUUUAAAUAAUUAUAAGAAUAAAAAAAAAUUAUAACAACAAUUUAGGUAAUUUACUCUAGGAUAUAUUUAGGAUUUACAAGGUUUUGUUUAGGAUUAAUUAAAAUAUCACGAUAAUUAUCGGCUAUUUGAUAAUAUAAUAUUAAUUAUUACGUAGUAAUGUAGAUUUAAAAAAAUAUAAAUAAAUAAUUGAUUUAUGUGAGAAUUAUUUAUAUAAGUUUUAAAUAUCAAUGACCGGAGGAGCUAAAUUGUGCUGGAGAUGCUGGUUUAUUAAAUCCCAGUUUCCGCAGAUUUAAUUCGACAUUUUAUUUUUAAAUUAUCAAAUUUUUUUUCCUCGAUUUUAUUUAAUUGCGAUUAUUUUAUCGACAAUAAAAAUAAUCAUUUUUUUUUAACUUUUUAGUAACGAAUCAUAAAAAUUUAAAAAUUUAUUUAUAAAAUAUUUUUAAAUCAUUUUUGUAGAAAAUUUACUGGAUUGCGUAAAAUAAUUGAAACUUAUUUCAAUUAAUUUUUAUUUAUAUGUCGAAUGAUAGAGAUUUUUUUUUAGUCACGUGCUUUCACAGAAAUUUUUUUUCACCAUAAAAAAAAUUAAAUAGCACAAAAAAAAUUUUUUGAAAAUACUCUAGCAGAUCCAAUUAAAUUUUAAAUCUAUAAUUCCGGUAAAUUUUGAAUUAAGAUUUUUUGAAUAAUUGCUGGUUGCAAAUGAAAAUUUUUAGAUUUUUUAAUUAUACCAGAUUUGAGUUUAAAUAAUUUGUUAUAACGAAUUUUACUUUGGAGAAAAUUUUGAAGAAAAGAAAAUUUGAAUCGAAUGGUAUCUGAUUAAAUAACAGAUUACUUUUUAAAAAUUUACCCACUAAAAUAAGGGAUCGUUGAAUUCGCUAGGGAUCAAAUCAAUUUCAAAUUUAAACAAAAAAAAAAAUGAUAACUUAUCAAAUUUGAAUUUCAAAUAAGACAAUUUUCUUAUUAAUGAUUUUUGAAAUUAAAAAAUCACAAAAAAUUUAAAUAUUUAUAAAUUAUUAAAAACUUUUUUAUUUAAUUUAACGUCUCCACAUUUAUCGUUAAUAAUCACGAUAAUAAUUAUUAGGACUAACGAAUUAAGCGCGUGAAAAAAAAUAGAAUGUAAUUAUUAAAAUAAAUAAUUAAAUAAAAUAUGUGAAUAAUGAGAAUAACAAAUAUGGAUAAAGAUUAAAAGAAAAUAUGAAACAUGAGAGCUCUUUUAUUUAAUAAUUUUAAUAAAAUAUCCAAUAACUAUUUCCU